AUGGAUUUAAUGAUACUUGGAAGACUUUUUGGGGUGAGUCAAUUUUUCAAUUCUUCCGAAAUUUUCCUGGAAUUUGUGUUAGGCUAACUCGAAUAUCAAUGCGAUGAAAAAAAAUGAUUCGAGUAGAAAUCAUUAUGAUCCUUGGUGGUUAUAUUUGAUUGCAGGAGCUUGUGCACUGUGUAUUUUGGGAUUUUUGAUGCGAUUUUUGUGGAAGGCGAGUUAUUUUUCAUUUUGAAACAGUCAACAAUCUGAGUUAUUUGAGACAUUUUUUCUGAAGUUUUUUGGAAAUUUAAUUUUUCAGAGAUUUUUUUCUUGGAAUUUUUACUGCAAUCAGCUGAUAAAUACUAUUGGAAACUGAUUUUUUCAACAAAAAUUUAAUUUCAAAAUUUCCAUCCAACCUCAAUAUUUCAGCACGGUUUCUUCUCUCGCGAUCCAAUUCUCGAUCUUCCCGAAACUUCUCCAAAUGCAAAUCAAAGUCAAUCAACAAAUUAA